GCAGCUGACAUAAACAUAUUAGUUGAAACAGCUUUAUGCUCAAAUGACAAUGAUGAUGAUUAUUCUCUUGAAGGAUUUGAUCUAUUUAGAAAUGACAUUGAGCCACAAAUUGUUACCCGAACUCCAUAUGGAAGUGCUAUUUAUAUUAAGAAUUUGUUAGAUUGCAUAACACUUCCAUUCAGAUACAAUUACAAUAAAGUAGAGAUAACUAUAACUGUGAUCAACCAUCCUUCGUCAAAUGGGCAUCAGGGCAUUCAUAUUGUUAGUAUAUAUCGUUCCCCAACUAAAGUUAAAUUUAGUCAAUUUAUUGAAGCAUUAGAUCAUCUCCAAACAACUCAACUUGUGAACCAGCGAGCAAUUGUUUUUGGAGAUUUCAAUGUCGAUUUGAGCAAGAAUUCCCAUGAACACAAAGCUCUUUUAUCAAAUAUGGUUCAAUCCAAAGGUUAUACUCAACUUAUCACUAAUUGUACAACAGAUUACCAAACUCAAAUAGAUCACAUAUACACAAAUAUUCCAAGGUUAAUAUACACUUCAGGUAUUCUUGAGUCAUAUUAUAGUGAUCACAAACCAAUAUUUGCUUGCAUCAGACUGUAA